CAUUUGGAUGUAAUUCUUUCAAUAUAUCACUUCCAAAAAUUUUUGGUUAUAUUUGAUGACCCGUACGGACCUAAAUAUUGUGUCACUAAAACCAAUAUGACUGAACAGGAGUGCGAUGAAAAUAAUAUCCAAUAUUUGGUUGAUUGUCAUAAAUCAGACAUUACUACUACUACUAUUACAACCACUGAAACUCCGUCGACAACAAUAACAACCACUUCAUCGACAUCAAUGACAACCACUCCGUCGACAAUACAAACAACAUCUGAAAUGACUGAAUCUGAAACUACAUCCACUACUGAAAUGACAACAAUAACUGAAACCGAAACACCAAUUACACAGACAUUGACUACAAUUACCGCCGAAACUGAGACAACAAUUACAAAAAUUCCUGAAGUGAUUACAUCUAACAACACGACAAACCCGACAACAAAUAGUACACAAUCUUUAGAAUCGACGGAAUCGAUGAGCGAAUCGUCUAUUUUUGACAAUAGUUAUGGACUUCCGAUAUUUGUUGUAUUAAUUUUUAUAAUAAUACUUAUUAUUUCUGCGUUGUGUGUCUUUAGUGUGUAUUAUGUGAUCAAAAGAAAAUCGGAUAAUUCAAACAAGACAUUGAAUGCUUCAAUACGAUCGGGAGAUAUCUCUAAAAUGCCUUCAUUUACCACUUUAGGUACCAUUAAUACAAUCGACUCGACAACCGGUUCAACCAUACAUAUCAAAUAA